ACAUAGUUGUCUAUCAGUAGAUUGAUUCUAGUUCCUUCAAAAUCUUAUGAGAAUAAGAUCUACUAUAUACAUGGUAUAUUUGGUUUCUCAAUUCUGAAUAGGUCAUCUAAUCAGAAAGAAUUGUUUCUCUUUUAUCUUUAUUCUUUUGAAUAAAUUUUAUUUAGAAAAACUUUAGUUCCUGCAGCUAUGCCUCGAAGUCUAUUCCCUGUACAAUUAAAAAUAACUUUUUUUACUGCAACUGAAUUACCUGAAAUGAUGACUGAUUUUUUAGCAACUGUUUCAAAAAAAAUUUUUCAAUCAGACACAUGGGAACCAACUGAUCCUUAUGUUGAGGUUACGUAUAAUACAAUGACAGCAACAACAGAUGCUCGUAAUGGUACAACACCUGCUUGGGGUGAAGCACUUUAUUUAAUUGGACGUUUUCCACCACUUAUACGAUCAAUUAAAAUAGCUCUUAAAGAUCGUGCAACUGUUAAAAAAGAUCGUAUUAUUUCAUCAUUUUUUAUUGAUCUUUUUUUAAUAAGUGAAAGUAAUCCAUCAGCUGGUUUUUUACCAACAUUAGGUCCAACAUGGAUGUUUUUAUAUGGAAGUCCAAGAGAAUAUACAAUAAGUAAAGAUAAAGAUGGUCUUAACGAAGGAAUGGGUGAAGCUGUUUGUUAUAAAGGACGACUACUUAUGGCUAUUGAUUGUCAUGCAGUUAGUGGAGAAAAUACAUCAAACAUGAAUGUACAAAAAGAAACUGGUAUACAAUUUCCUGAAGAACAUAUAUUUCCAAUGAAACGUUCAUUUCUCUUAUUUGGUUGUAUUUAUGAUGUCAGUAUGAUUGAUAAAUCAUUUGUUAGUGGAACAAUUUCUUUUGAAUUAAGUAUUGGUUCAAGUGGAUAUUUAAAUCCACAACAAUUAACUACUGCAAUUAAUAAUCCUGUUUCAUCAUUAACAUGUGCUUAUCCACGUGUUUCAAUUGAUAAUAAUAAAGGUUAUUUUCGUUUACCAAUUAAUUUACAAAAACCAAUAUUAUUUACAAAAUAUAUAUUUCAUGAUUAUAUUUAUCGUAUGACAUUAUCAAAUCGUCUAAAAAAUGCAUCUGAAUAUUUGAAUAAACAAAUUCGUGAAUUUGAAUCGAAAAUUAAUUCUAAAGUGUCAAAUGAAAUUCUCAUGAAAGAAUAUAGAAAAAUCGAACAUUAUGUUCAUACAUUACCGUGUGGAUGUGCUGAAAAAAGAAACGAUCAUGAAAAUUCGUGUAUUACAUCUAUAGUUCAUCCGACUUUAUACGAAUUAUUAGAUUCUCCUUCGACAAAUAUUAAGAUGAAUCAAUUAGAUAUUAAACGGUAUAAAAAGGUUUUUAACAAUUUACAAUCAAUUAAAUCUUGGGUUUCAAAAGAAAUUAGCUUUGAGGAAUCAAAACGAUAUGAAAUUGUUAAGGAAUUAGAUAAAAUAGCUCGUGCAUUUCGGCAAAUGGCUACUGAUGCACAACCAUCUUUACCUGAUAUAUUUUUAUGGAUGAUAUGUGACUCAAAACGAGCAGCUUAUGCACGUUUUCAACCUGAAGAUCUUCUUUUUAAUUUAUGUAAAGGUGAAAAAGGUUUAUAUAAUGGUCAUGUACAGACUAUUUUUCUUAAAACAUCAUAUUCAACAGAUAAACCACAAAAUUCAUCAAUAAAUGCGAAAGUACAAAUCUAUCUUUGGCUUGGAAUUGAAGAAUAUGAACCAUUGAUAUUUAAACACUUACCUGCUGGUUUUGAUAUGCCACCAUUACCAUUACAUUCUCAACUGAAAUUUAUAAGAUAUAAUGAACGAAUUUUUUAUGAAUUACGAUGUCAUUGUUAUAAAGCAAGAGCAUUAAUUGCUGCGGAUGCAACAGGUUUAUCAGAUCCUUAUUUAAGUAUUACAGUUGGUAAUGAAACACAAACAACUCCAAUUCUCUUGGAAUCAUUAUGUCCACAAUGGAAUAUAACGUUAGCUUUUCAAAAUUUGGUGCAUGUUGGAACUCGAGAAACAGCUGAGGAAAUUAUUGGAAAUGUUGUUGUCGAAUGUUAUGAUUCUGAUGAAGUAAGUAGACAGUUUAAAAGUGAAAAAAGUAUGUCAAUAGUGUGACAAUAUCAAUGUGGAAGUUAAAGACUGAUCAAGUUAUAAGUUGAGUCAUAACUUUUGAGUUAUAACUAAUCAAGUUUUCGGUUCAAAAGUUAAUUAAUUUAUAAGCAUCAAUCGUAAUUGUAACUUUCGACCUGAGCUAUAACUACCAAUGAGUUUAACUCGAUUAAGGUUUUGAGAAGAUUUAAUUAAUUUGAUUUAAUUGACGUGUUUGAUAAAAUAAAUUAGAAUAUAUGUAUUUCAUUGUUCUUUACUUUAAAAAAUUAGUAUUUAUAGAUUAUUCUCUGAAAGUUUUUUUCACGUAUUCGUCUAAAGGUCUCGUUUGCUCAUAUUUAUAUGUCGAGUGUGAAUGCAUGCGUCAUACAAUAUAUUUUUCAUUAUAUGACCAAUGAUAAACUUUAAAAUGUGAGCGGCUAAAGAAUAGUAUUUAGAAACUGAAAUUACUGUAUUCUAUUACUUGUUCUCUAAAAUGGUAAUCAUCUUCAAUAGAUGGUGGUCCAUAAGUAAGGUAACAUAGGUUUUUUCUCGGUUUGUUUCUAAUAUAUUUUCAGUUCGGUCUCAUAUUUUUACUACAUAUACUGGUUCAUAUAACCCAAAGAAUCACUAUUGGACCAAUGUCUAAGUGUAAUCGUUCUUUCAAAAAUGCAUCAAUACACGAUAACCAAAAAAGUGACAUGUCUAUGUUCUAAUAAAACCUUUAUCAAUGCAAUAGAGCAAGAAAACGAUACACACAAAAGUAGAUCUUUGUGAAGUAUUGUCAAUAUGAAAUUUUUCAUAAUAGUUGCUCAAUAUGCUUGUCCUCUAAGUCUUUGAAAAGUUUUAGUCUCUCAGAUACUGAUUGACAAGCUCUUUGAUAUAACUCUACAGACUAGCUUUGUAUUCUGUAAUAAUAGCAUCCUUGAGUGCUUGAAUAUUUUUAGGUUUCGUGUUAUACCACUUCACAAUUUCAAUCCUUUCAGAUAAAGACAAUCAGAUCGGAAACGUUAACUUAUCGUUCAAAAGUCGGAAACACUAUUAGAACUGUGUACAUAGAAUGAAAAAUGCAAUGAGAAAAAGAACUGAAUCCUCUGAUAGCAGAGAUGACUAGUUGUGUUGUUGUCUGCGAGGUGCCACCAGUAGCACAUUUAUAAAUACUAGCAGAAGAGACAGAAUAAUAUAGAUGUACUUACAUAUGUUACGGAAGGAAAACCUAUAACUGUCAAAAUAUGCCACUUUUUUUGGUUGUCGUGUAUUGAUGCGUUUUUGAAAAAAAAUUAUUAAACUUAAAUAUCAUUCCAAUGGUGAAUCAUUGAGUCGUAUGAUCUAGUAUAUGUGGUAGAAAUAUGAAAUUGAACUGAAAAUAUAUUAGAAACAAACUGAGGAAAAAAUUAUGUUACCUUACUUAUGGACCACCCUGUAUAUGUUGCAACCAAAUUUAGAUAACGCUUUCUAUAGGUGUAAUCAUGUAUAUUUUAUUUCAACAUGAAAUAACUAUAUCAAGUUAUUCUCAGUUCAUUUGUAUAUGUUCAUCACUACAUUUAGCAGUAUAUAGAUUGUUCUGCUGUUCUUGCUCCGUAUUAUAUCGAUAAACGUGAGAAGAGAAUAUGCAAUACUUGUUUUCUUACAAGUUAAACAUAGAGAGAAAUGCUUCCUACAUUAUUUAGAAGAGUAAAGUGAACGGUGGCUCGUUGGUGCCUGAUGUGAGUCCACCUUCAGGAUCAUUCCAUGUCCGAUAGUGCCGAGGUUCGAACACAGUACCUGAAUAGUACGUGCCAAACAGCUUAACUAUUCAGCCACAAUGGCUUUAAUAAAUAAUCAAACUCGAAGGUUAAGCGAAAGCAGUUGAUGUGACUGGUAGAGACGGUUUUAGUACGCU